CCCUUUUAGUAAGUUUACCGCCAUUUUUCUCUUGGCUCAUACGCCAGUUGGGAGUGGUCUGCCAAGGCGUGACAAACUCUGACAGUAUACUGUUCAGCUUCAUCAAAGGUCUUAGCAUCCGUCACAAGAAGGUAGCAAUGAUUCCCAAAACUUGUCUAUGGACUGAUGCAGGACAUGCAUGGAUAUAUGAUCAGGAAAUGCGUCUGAAGGAGAGCUGAAACAGUGAAGUUUGCCGCCAUUUUGAGCGCCGAGUGAUAGCGUCUGAACACGGCAGGACGUGUCUAACCCAGCAAGUGCUUCUUCCCGGAUUUAAUUACAAAAGUUCAUCAUGACGGAUUCCAAGUAUUUCACAACGACCAAGAAGGGUGAGAUCUAUGAGUUAAAGGCAGACCUAAACAGCGACAAGAAGGAAAAGAAGAAAGAAGCUGUGAAGAAAGUUAUCGCUAGUAUGACGGUCGGCAAGGAUGUUAGCUCCCUCUUUCCUGAUGUGGUGAACUGCAUGCAAACUGACAACCUGGAGUUGAAGAAACUUGUGUAUCUCUACUUGAUGAACUACGCCAAGAGCCAGCCUGACAUGGCUAUUAUGGCAGUCAAUACAUUCGUCAAGGACUGCGAGGACACCAACCCACUGAUUCGUGCUCUAGCAGUGCGCACCAUGGGCUGCAUCCGAGUGGAUAAGAUCACAGCAUACCUGUGUGACCCGCUGCGUAAAUGCCUGAAGGAUGAAGACCCCUACGUGCAGAAAACUGCCGCAGUAUGUGUAGCUAAGCUGUAUGAUAUCAACCCACAGCUUGUUGAGGAUCAGGGAUUUAUUGAUCAACUGAGGGACCUUUUGACUGCAUCAAACCCAAUGGUGGUCGCUAAUGCCGUGGCAGCCCUGUCUGAAAUCAACGAUGCCUCCCCAUCUGGCACUACCCUGUUCGACCUGAAUUCUCAAACCAUUAAUAAACUGCUGACUGCAUUGAAUGAGUGCACAGAAUGGGGUCAGAUCUUCAUCUUGGAUUCUCUGUCCAACUACACUCCUAAAGAUGACCGAGAGGCUCAAAGUAUCUGUGAACGAGUCACUCCCAGACUGGCUCAUGCUAACGCUGCUGUGGUGCUCUCAGCUGUUAAGGUCCUGAUGAAGUUCAUGGAGAUGAUGCCAGUUGAUGGGGAGUACCUGACCACCCUAACCAGGAAGCUAGCUCCCCCUCUUGUUACCCUACUCUCUGCUGAGCCUGAAGUGCAGUAUGUAGCCCUCAGAAACAUCAAUCUGAUUGUACAGAAGAGGGCAGAGAUCCUGAAGCAUGAAAUGAAAGUGUUCUUCGUCAAGUACAACGAUCCCAUCUAUGUUAAGCUUGAGAAGCUGGACAUCAUGAUCCGUCUGGCUUCCCAGGCUAACAUCGCCCAGGUCCUGGCUGAGCUCAAGGAGUAUGCUACAGAGGUUGACGUUGACUUUGUCCGCAAGUCAGUACGAGCUAUCGGACGUUGUGCCAUCAAAGUUGAGCAAUCUGCUGAGCGGUGUGUGAGCACUCUCCUUGACCUCAUCCAGACAAAGGUCAAUUAUGUGGUCCAGGAAGCCAUUGUUGUGAUCAAGGACAUCUUCCGCAAGUACCCCAAUAAAUAUGAGAGUAUUAUCGCAACAUUGUGUGAGAACCUGGACACUUUAGAUGAACCUGAGGCUCGAGCUUCCAUGAUUUGGAUUAUCGGAGAAUACGCUGAGCGAAUUGACAACGCUGAUGAGCUCCUGGAGAGUUUCCUGGAAGGGUUCCAUGAUGAGAACACACAGGUGCAGCUUCAGCUCUUGACUGCCAUUGUUAAGCUGUUCCUCAAACGUCCAACAGAUACUCAGGAGUUGGUACAACAGGUGUUGAGUCUUGCGACACAGGACAGCGACAACCCUGAUCUCCGAGACCGUGGCUACAUCUACUGGCGCCUUCUCUCAACAGACCCAGCGGCUGCUAAGGAUGUCGUCCUCGCCAACAAACCUCUUAUCUCAGAGGAGACAGAUCUCAUUGAGCCAACCUUGCUGGAUGAACUCAUAUGUUACAUUGGUAGCCUGGCCUCUGUCUACCACAAACCACCGAGUGCAUUCGUGGAGGGUCGCAAUGCAACAAGAAGAGUUCUACCAACACGAACACCAGGGUCUGGUUCCACAUCCCCUGAGAGUGAGACUGCUGCAGCAAUGCCAGCCACGCCAGCCACCACAAUCAUUCCGGAGGCCCAGCCUAUCCACCAAAGUGAUCUCAUUGGGGAUCUACUUGGUAUGGACUUGGGUCCCCCUGCUCCUACACCUCCUAUGUCUGCCAUGACAGCACAACCCAUGAUGGGUGGUGGUAGCCUGGACUUAAUCGGAGGAGGUCUAGAUAGCCUGAUCGGAGGUCCAGCCAUGGGUCAACCAGUACCACAACAACAACCAAUGAUGGGUGGUGGUGGUAGCAUGGGCACAAUGGGUGCCCUAGGAGAUAUCUUCAGUCUGGCUGCGGGACCUGGUCUGGUACCAGGCAUGUACGUCGAACCAAAAACAGAAUGGCUUGCAGCCUCUAAAGGCAAGGGUCUAGAGAUCAAGGGGACGUUCAGUCGCCGGCAAGGUCAACUCUGCAUGGACAUGACAUUAACCAAUAAAGCCAUGCAACAGAUGAGUCAGUUUGCAAUACAGCUCAAUAAGAACAGCUUUGGUUUAGUGCCAGCUCAACCAUUGAACGUUCCGAGUCCACUCAACAUGAACCAAUCUUUAGAUGUGACGUUACCACUGAAUUCCAACGGCCCUGUACAGCGUAUGGAGCCCAUUGCAAGCCUUCAGGUUGCAGUCAAAAACAACAUUGAUGUCAUGUAUUUCAGUGCUCUAGCUUCCAUCAAUGCACUGUUCCUAGAGACUGGCGAAAUGGAAGAAAAGCGUGAUUUUCUGACGGAGUGGCAGAAGCUACCUGCAGCGAAUGAAGUCCAGUUUCCAAUUGAAGUACCAAUGACUGCUGAUGAAGUGGUGCAGAAAUUACAAACCAACAACAUCUUCACUGUAGCAAGACGGCACUUGGAUGGCCAAGACAUGCUGUACCAGUCACUGAAGUUGCCCAAUAAUAUCUGGGUUCUGAUUGAGCUGAAGAUGCAGCCAGGAGUUUCGUCAGCGACGCUUUCUUUGAAGUGUCAACUGGUAGACAUUUCCCAAAUGGUCCAUGUGAGUUACAAAGCCAUUCUGCAGAAUUGAAGAAGCCGCUCAGCCAGUAAUCUUGUUUGUCUGUGUAUAUCAUGAUAUAGCGGGCUGGGACACUUUGAAAACGGGACUACUGCUCACCUGUUUUUUAUUUAGUGGUAACCAAAUAUCCUUGUUUCAAUGUUAGAUAUUAAAUUGUGUUGAUGCCUUGUGCCUCCACCCUCUCACUACCCAUCCCUUGAUCCCUGGUUAUAAGGCAGCUACAGUUUGAAUAGCCUCUGUCUGGCACCCCCAUAUUAAGAUAUUGAUAGAAAAGGGAGAUCCCCAACAUUGGGGUAAAUAUAGUAAGUUUUGUGUUAGACCACUGGCACAUUCAUCUGGAGAUUGCAGGUUCAAAUCCCAGCCCAGUCAAUUUGUCUUUAUUUAAACCAAAAUUAUAAGAAAAACACAGUUAAGCUACGACUGUAUAAGAAGUUAGGUGUUUGCUCAGAAUUGAAAUGACCUGUUAAAAACAAGUUGUUGCAAAGUUUCUCGCACUUAUACAUUUUUUAGUUGUGUAUAUUUCUCAAAAAUCAAGAAACAAAGUCUGGGAGUGUUCUUUGUAAUACACAUUAUACCCCAUAAAAUAUUUGCAUAUAGUACUCCUGUACACUGUAGAAUCAUCCUUCAGAUCAAGCCACAUAAUGGUGAUUCUGAAAAUCCAUUUAAACUGUUCUGUAAUUAUAUACAACUAUGUUAUGUAAACACAUGUAACAAUACUGUGGACACCUCCAUAUCUAGUUCAUAACACAACUCUGCAUCAGUAGAAUUCCUGUAUAUCAAAUGAAAUGCCACUUAUUUGUGGUGCCGGGUCAUUGGGUUUUCCUUUGUGAGCUUGGCAUUAUGAAGGCUCUUUUCAUAUAAUGCAUGCUUGGUGUUCUGCAAAUAUUUGCGCAUAAAAGUGUUGGCACACUGUUUUGUAAUCAUGAAGAAAACAGUGCUCUCAGAGUUUGGGAUUCAGCAAUUCUCAACUCAAACCCAUUAUUCAGCCCUGAAGUGCUGCUCAGUGAAUUUGAGUUGGAUUUAUAGACAAAAUACUAUUGUUUCUCACUGCCUGAGAUUUAUUUGUAUAUGGAAACUUCUGUGCUUAAACAACGGCUUUUGAAGAAGAAAAAAAAAAUCAUUUUUGAAUAUUGGUUUUUGUCACAUUGUGGAUUGCGACCCUUAUCAUAGAUGAUUAUAUCAUUCCCAAAUUUAUAUGAUUAAAAAAUCAGGAUCCAAUGUGCUCUUGAAUCAAGGUUAAAAACAGCAUAUUAAGAAUACCAAAAUGUAACAACUAUGUUGAGAGAACGUCUAUAAAGCAGUUUUAUACCAACAUUGAAUAAUGUUGUGCCAUUCCAAACGGCAGAUUUAGGACCAUUAAAGGGCAAUGCUCCACAUUUUAUACUGCUUUAAGGGGUUCCCCCUCACACCUUUUCAAAUUCCCAUUCUGGAUUUGGAUCUGCCUAUGGACCAUCAUUUUAUGCUGUUCCUAACCUUAACUAUUAUGUGCUUAAUUAUUACUUUAGAAAUUGAAUGUCUUUGUAGUCUUCGACCCCGCAUAUUGUAUAUUAUUAAUAUGGUAAACUAUUGUAAAAGUAUUAAAAUGAAUGAAUAAACCCUAGUAGCUAAACUCUAUGAUGGAAAUCUUUAAUAAUGUCGCUGUGGGGGCAGGCUAGUCAAAAGUCUUAACAGCUAGGAUAGGUCGCGGUAAGAUUGUGGUAUAUUUUUAUUAAAAGUUACGUUUGGCGAUCAUGCU